UCCGUCUACGCUUAGGGAAGGACGUUGUUGAGGAAGCAAGAAACCGGUCGUUGUUCUUAUGUUUGGUUAAACGCUAAAAUGCCUGACAGUUGUUCGCUUAUUUAACGUUAGAUAUAAACCGGUCGUUUAACUCGACUAUUUAAUUUAUCCUGGACAUAGAGGCAAAUAAAGCUACGGGUGGGACGUAAAUGUACUUUUAAAGAAUACUGAGGCUGAUAAAAUCUCAUCCAUGCCCGCAGGAUGCAUCUCAAAGCUCUUCUGUGUUUAUUAGUGGCCUGUUAUGAAUCAGCUGCAUCUCUAAAUACAGAAAAUGCAACACAAAAAGACUUCCCACCACUACUGCUUAUAUCAUUUGAUGGUUUCAGGGCAGACUAUCUGAAAAAAUACUCUUUCCCCAAUCUGCAGAAGUUCUUUUCAGCUGGGGUUCUUAUCGACCAUCUCACCAAUGUGUUCGUAACUAAAACUUUUCCUAACCAUUACAGUCUUGCUACAGGUCUGUAUGCAGAAAGCCAUGGUAUUUUGGCCAGUCAUAUGUUUGAUCCAGUGACAAAAAAAAAGUUCUCUCUUGAAGAUGACACUGAUCCUUUCUGGUGGAAUGAAGCAACACCCAUUUGGGUGUCUGUGCAGAAAUGGGGCUAUAAAUCCGCCGCUGCUAUGUGGCCAGGAACGGACGUUAUGAUUCAAAACCAUACCUCAACAAACUUCAUGAAGUAUGAUUCAAAAGUGAGCUUCAGGGAGAGACUGGGAAACAUCACAACGUGGAUGACUGAAGACAACUCUGUCAAGUUUGCAGCACUCUACUGGGAGGAGCCUGACCAUACUGGACAUAUCUUUGGGCCGGAAAACACAACAGAAAUGACCAGGGCACUGAAAGAGGUGGAUGAUGAUGUAGGUUUUAUGAUGGAGCACCUCAACAACUCGGGGCUCUGGGGAAAGAUUAAUGUGAUUAUUACAAGUGACCACGGUAUGGUUCAGUGCUCCAAGGAUAGACUUAUUAAGCUGGACCAGUGUAUCAGCCGCAGCAGCUACACGUUGGUGGACCUCACUCCAGUGGCUGCCCUCGUGCCUAUUAAUGAUGCCACAGAUCUAUACAAAAACCUGAGUAACUGUCAUCCACACAUGAAGGCUUACCUAAAGGAUGCAGUCCCUGAUAAACUGCACUACAGGAACAAUGAGAGGAUUCAGCCAAUCAUCUUGGUGGCUGAUGAAGGUUGGACAAUUGUCCAGAACGGCAGCCUCCCACGAUUGGGAGAUCAUGGCUAUGAUAACUCCCUCAGCAGUAUGCACCCCUUCUUGGCAGCAAACGGCCCUGCUUUUCGUAAAGGCUACCGCAUGGAGACCAUCAACAGUGUGGACCUGUACCCUCUCAUGUGUCACCUCUUGGGCAUCCCAGAGAUGCCCAACAACGGCAGUUUCUCACACAUACGUUGCACGCUGGUCAGUGAGAAGUGCACAGACCUGGCUGUUGUGGUGGGCAUCGUUAUUGGAGUCUUUAUAGUGCUCACCACCCUCACGUUCCUCUUCAGACUGAUGAAGAACAGAGAUCCAUCAUCAUCACGGCCGUUUGCUCGCUUGGAGCUGCAGGAAGAUGAUGACGACGAUGACCCUUUGCUUGAGUGAGCUGCUGAGUGUUUGGAUGGAGGUGUGCAGUCUCUCAAGUCCAGGGUAUUUAAUUUUGUUCAGGCAUUCGAGAUGAUGGCCAAAGAAGAGAGAAUCGGAGAAGACAAUCAUGAACAGAGUUUAGGAAAUGAGUCAAGGGCUUUGCUUAAUGGAUGAUUUAAAAAAGAAAAAGCUAAAAUAUGUCUAGCAUAGUAAAAGAUGGUCAAAUUUUCAGCUUGUCAAAGUACACUAUAUGAAAAAAGUAUUGGGACACCAGAUCAAUUAUUGUUUCUUUCAAAAUCAGGGGUGUUAGAGUUUAUCCUGCUUUUGUUGGACUAACUCUCUCUAUUGUGCAGGGAAGGCUUUCUACUAGACUUUUGAGAAUUGCUAAGAUGAUUUGAUUGCGUUCAGUGACAGAAGCGUUAGUGUUGGAUAACCAUCACUCACCUCGUUGCCAACUACGGUACCCAACUCAUCUAGCACAGACCUGUCAUUAAGCAUGGUACAGAUAGGAUUAUGUUUUCAGGUCCAGAGAAUUUUUUUUAUUGGCAGUACAUCUGUAUAGGCACUAGACAAGCUGUGGGUGUGCUUUGCAGAUUUGUUUUUUGUAUUAAGUGCAACUGUAAACAUUGCUGAAUACAUCAAUUCAGGUGGUUGUAGUGUGUAUAUAUAUAUGAGGGUAUUGUGAUUAUGUUUAUAUACUUUUAAUAAGGCAUGAAUGUACAUAAUACAGUAAUAUGGCAUUAUGUAGCUAUUUCGCAGUUUUAAAAGACCAUUAUAAAAUAGUAGAAUACACAGAUGAGGUAAAACAUUAGGACCUGAUAUGCUUUAAAGGUGUCCUGUAACAUCUGUCUCUCUUCUUCCUGCUGUUGUUACUGUUAAUUUGUCCAAACUUGGACCACUACCUGUGUUACUGUUCACCAGGAAUGCCCAAGCCAUAAUAAUUUAGCAAUUAAUAAAGCCACACUCCUGCAUCUGAAUUGUCACCUACGAGAACCAACGGUUCAGUUACUGUAUAAUAUAAUAUAGGCCUGAGGCAUUGUUUUUAGAAUAGUCAUAAUGUUUUUGCUUAUUGUUUUCUGUGCUAUAUCUUAAUUGAAUAUCCCUACAGCUAGUGUCUGGCACACUAUAAUGAAUAUUGUGGUUUUACUUGAGGCCUUGUGAUUGGCUCAACAAAUGAACUUACUUAAAGUGCACUGCAAAGUACAGUAAUGUUCUGUUCUUUCAAAUACUCUGACAUGCCAAAAGUCAUGGAACAGGAGCUAAUACUGUGUUCCAUGACUUUUGCCAUGCCCUAUUUAAGUUAGAGAAUUCUGCAAUAACCUGUGAGCUGUUUGUUGGGUCUCCAGCAUUGAGUGUGGACGUUGUUAUUUCUGUAUGAUUCACUUGUAUGCCAUGAGCACGCUGGCCAAUGUUCAGCUUAGUUCACAAGAUAACACCUCAUAACUUAUACAGGUGUGAGCGAGUCUAAGCCAUCCUCUGAGGAAACACUCCUUGAUUACUUUACAUAUUUCAAUCCCAUGACGUUUGGCCUGUCAGUGCAUUUGAUUGUUUGUUAAUUUUUUGUUGUUGUUGGCCUUUUUUAAAAUGAUGUCAGCUGACUGCACAGUAUAGAGCUGAUUUAUUGUUGUUCCGUCUGGAAUGCAGGAUGGAUGUGCGCACUGUACAUUUUUUUUUGUUACAUUUACUACUGUAGGUCAGGUGUCUUUCAUUAAGGAUGCAGGGAAUGUAAUUUAAUUUAAUUAAUCUUCCAUUUCCUCAAUGAAUACGAGUGCUGUUAUUUAAUCACCUUUAAGAGUCUUGAUAUUUAAGAUUAAUUUGUCACUGUUUAAAAAAAAAAUCUAUUUUUCUAUUUUGGUGGUACGUUUUUGUUUUAAUCGUGGUAUGUGGCAUAAGAAUUGUUUUAACUGUCUUCUCUGAGAACCUUUUAUGGUUUCUUUGAAGAACCUUCAAGAAAAGUAUUCCUUGAAGCAACAUCAAUCUUUCUUUAAGGUUCGUCAAAGCACCUUAAGGGAUUCCUCCACAGUUUCAGACUGAAGGACCCCUAAAAGCUCCUAUAGGAACAUUUUAAUAGUGUGUAGCUAAAGGCCCUCUAAAACAGAGUUCAGAUUUUAUGGGCAGAAAAAAAAACGCAAGUUUUGAAAACAAAGGUACAUGUAUAAUAUGUAUGUCUUUUACACCAAUGCUGCUUAAAAUGAUCUGUCAGAACCUAUUCUAUUUUUUUCAGUUCAGUUCAUUUUGAGCUCUUUUGUCAUGGUUACAGCCAGGUCUGAUUCAGUGUACAGCAUUUACUUAAUUAAAAAAAUCAUAUCUGGGUUAUUCCUCUGUGUCACAGGGCCCUAAGGCCUUCACAAUUUUUUUUUUAUGUUUGUUGUUGAGGAUUUAAGAAUUUAAGAAUCUGUUGCUUGUUUGUUUUUCCUGAAUCAAGUGUUCCUAAAGCUUUUUUCUUCUUUUUGUCUUUAUUUUUGCUAUAUGAGGUAUAUAAGGCAGAGAUUGCACUGUAGUAUCACUGAAUCUAUGCAAGAAUGACUGUCAGUCUUCUGAACUCGGGUAAUGGUAUUUGUGUGAGCAAAAAUUAAAUAAAACCUUUGUUCAUAUGUUUAAA